AUGCAUGUUCUACCAACAUUGGUGACUGGUUGAUUUUAGUGUGGUAAUGUUAAAUGCUUCACCUGCUGAAAGCACAUGUUGGAAGUCCUGGAAAGAGUUAACCAUCACGACUGUCUAAAGAGGUUUGCACAAAUCCAGUUCAGUGCGGGAAUUGUGCUGGACUUCUGUUUUACUCUGAAUGAGUGAUGGACUGUACUGCUUUAGCACCUGGGAUGUCUGUCUUUUCUUUCAUGGUUUUUCUAUUCUUACCAAUGCAAGCAGUACCUAAUUUUCAUGCAACACUACCUGGCAGAAUAAACGCACUGAGUGGCUCUUGUGUGCAGAUACCUUGUACAUUUGAAGCACCAGAGGACGAACUAAAGAACACAAAAAAUAUAUCUGGCUGUUGGAUGAAGAAAGACCACGCUUUUCUAAAUCCAGAGAGUUUGGUUGUUUUCAAUGGAACUUCAAACACCAUAAAAGGAUUUAAUUAUAUAGAAAUAAUUGGAAAUCUUAGUCAGCUUGAUUGUACCACAGUUUUCUAUGAUGUCAUGAACAAUCAUACAGACAAUUACUACUUCAGGGUGGAAAUGAAACCAGUUAACUGGUAUUAUUCGUAUACCAGUCCCAGCUACAUUUCUGUCUCCGAUGUACCGAAACGUCCUAUCCUUACACCCAAUGAUCUGCAAGAAGUGAUGGAGGAAGGAACAGUCAAUCUAAGCUGCUCUGCAGAAGCCCCCUGCCCCAAACAACCCCCUGCAAUAUCCUGGUCUAACAUCCCUGAUUCUGCCAGCAUUACACUAAAGUUACAGAAGAAUACUGAUAAAACCCAGUCAGUGUUUUCACACAUGACCUUCAAAGCUUCAUACAAAGAUCACAGAAAGAACAUCUCAUGUACUGCUACAUAUCCAAGAAAUAGAUCCAAUGACUCGACUGUAGAGACCAUCAUGAUGCUAAAAGUCCUGUUUUCUCCAAAAGAAACUCACAUCAUCAUUGAUCCAUCUGAUUCAAUCUCCGUUGGCACUAAUGUGACUUUGACCUGCAAAAGCAAAGCCAGUCCAAAUGAAAUGAACUACACUUGGUUCAAACGUGGACAGGAGAAAGAGCUGGAUUUUGGAGAACAACUAACCUUGAAUGUAAAUAGGAGGAGUGAGGGCUGGUACUUUUGCACUGCAAAGAACAUACAUGGUAACCAGACAUCAGAAGAGAUCCAGCUGAUUGUGGCAGGUUCUGCUUCCUUAGAAUCAUUGUCUUUAAUCAUUGGCUGUGUCGGAGGAAUUUCAGCAUUUCUGUUUAUAUUUCUUCUGGUAAUGAUUUUCCUAAGAGUGCAAAGAGUAAAGGCAUCCGUUAUUAGGGAAACUGACAUCUCAGAUCAGAGUCAGGAAAAACAUGUGCAGGUCAACUCUGUUUAUGCUAAUAGUGGUUUUGCGAUGGGUGAAGAGCUAAAGACGCCAAAGGAUGAGAAUGACAUGAUCCACUACGGAGAGGUUUACUUCUCCACUCUCCAAACCAAAAGCACCACAGAGAAGAUCUCUGGACUCGAAACAAUAUAUGCCGAGGUCUGUGGUUCAGGGAAGCAUUAGUUUACAUUAGAAUAAACAGUGAAUUGGGUUACACUUUCCGGCUCCCUUUAUAUAGGGUUUAUAAAGGUGUUUAUAAAUUACUAAUAUGUCAUUUACAAAUGCAUUAUAAAUAAUUGAUAAGCAGUUAUAAAUGCAUAAAUAAAAAAGGGAGAUUUUAAUGCAAUACCAGGCAAAUAAUUUUUAACUCACAUUGUUAUAAAUGCUUAAUAUAUUUAUUCAUACUAUUUUCACUCAAACCCAGAUUCUAGAUUUAUUUCAUGAUGCAGCGAGAGACUGAUGUGUUGUAUUUGUUUUUUUGUUUUUUUAUAUCUCAUGGCUUGUCUCACUUUUCUUGUGUCACCAGAAGCUACCCUCGUAUCCUAUCCAUGAUACACAGCAAACAUUUGUGAUGUAUGUCCAGUGUAAUGAUUAAAAACUGAUAGAAGACAUAAAAGCACAACCAUGAC